UCGAGGAACCCGUAUUUAAGGUGUUGUUGCGAAAAUGACAUAAUUCAACCCCUCCUAGGCUCCAUAACUCCCAUCCGCAGUCUCUCUCGCCUUGCUCAUCUGGUAGCGAAGAUAUUGUCUCUCUUUCCAUCUCUGUAUACUGUGCGUUCGCUAAGCAUAGAACAUUCACACAAUGGGCAAAACACCACGAGUCUUUCUGAUACGCCAUGGCGAGACGGAGUGGUCCCUCAAUGGCCGUCACACGGGGACCAGCGAUAUUCCCCUCACAGCCAACGGAGAGGCUCGUAUCAGAGCAACUGGACAAGCGUUGGUAGGCCACGAUCGAUUGAUUGUACCCAAGCAAUUGGCCCAUAUCUACGUUUCCCCACGCAAGCGUGCUCAACGCACCUUUGAGCUCCUGAAUCUUGGUAUCCCCGCUGAGCAACUCCCAUGGACACUGCAUGGCGAGCAACCAAGCAAGCGCGCAGAACUGUCCAACUGUGGUGCGCGUGUCGAAAUCACAGAGGACAUUCGCGAAUGGGACUAUGGAGACUACGAGGGCGUGACCAGCCCUGAUAUCAGGAAAAUCCGAGCGGAGCAGGGGCUGGACGAGGGCAAGGGAAGAACAUGGGACAUCUGGACGGAUGGAUGUCCUGGCGGCGAGAUGCCCGACGACGUCACAGCCCGUCUUGAUCGCCUCAUCGAAGAUCUCCGCACCAAGUACCACGGACCCUGUAUGAACGGUGAUGCCCCUAAAGGCGACGUCCUCAUCGUAGCACACGGCCAUAUUCUCCGUGCCUUUGCCAUGCGCUGGGCCAACAAGACACUGCAGGAUGGCCCGGCGUUCUUACUUGAGGCUGGUGGCGUUGGUACCUUGAGUUACGAGCACAGCAACAUUGACGAGCCCGCUAUCCUCCUGGGCGGUGCUUUCGUUGUUGACAUUGCGGAAAAGGGACUGCAAUAAUCCCCAUCAGGGAUUGGCGGGCCUCACAUAGACUGUGCUAGCUGGCCGAGAUCAUGUUCAAUAGAUUGUGGCAUUCUAAGCACCG